AUGGACUCAAGGUUGGAAAAUAUAGGAAAAAACCAGGAAGAGUUCAAAAAAUCGUUAGAAUAUUAUGGAAAUAAGAUAGAUGAUUUUAAUUUGAGAAUAUCGGAGGUUGAAAAUAGGAUCAAAGCGAUUCCAAAACUUGAAAAUUCUGUAAGUACUAUUGCAUCUGAUCUAGAGAAAACAAAUAGGGAGAUUGAGCUUCUCCAGCAACAAGCACGGAGGAAUAACGUUGAAAUAAAUGGAAUCCCGGAAAAAUCUGGCGAAAAUCUACAAUCUGUUUUAGUUAACAUCCUGAAGGCCUUAAACAUCCCUGAAAAUUGCUUUGAAACCUAUCAUCGGGUUGCCCAUAUUGAUCCAGAUAACAAAAAUCCACGUUCCAUUAUUGUUAAAAUGAUUAGCAUCAAGGAAAAAAAUGAUCUUUUGGCCUCCAUAAAAAAUAAGCAAGGGCUGAAACUAAAUCAGGCUGGGCUCCCAGGAGAUGGAAACAUUUACAUCAAUGAUCACCUCACGAUUGUCGCUGUACAUUUCACCACCGUUCCAGCAGGACGAAAUUUGAAAAUGUGCAAAACGCCGUGGACAUUUCCGGACAACAAAAUCCAUUUUACGAACAAACAAUUUCUGUACGAAGUUUAUUACAUCAUGCGAAGCGGUGUACGAAUAAUGAGUUCGAAUUGGUUCGGUCAAAAUUGGCAACAGGAUCAAGGACCAAUGGACCACGACGUUUCGCAUCCUUCCAAUUUUAUGGGAAUUGUUCCUAUAGGAAAUAAUAGUGAUAGUGGAGAUGAUAUUUCUUAUUCUUACAAGCUUCUAGGCCAAAACAUGACGUUGGACCACUGCGAAAAAAUGUACAUCAACGAGACGAAACGUCUUCUAAAAACGCAUCCUGAUGGAUUUUGUAAUACGUCUUUUGAUAAGAUUCUAUGCUGGCCUCCGACUCCCUAUAACUCUGUGGCCAGAAUCAAAUGUUUUUCAGAAUUUUUGGGAAUAACAUAUGAUGAUACACAAAACGCUACAAGAGAAUGUUCCUACAACGGUACCUGGCACAAAUCAACCUACGACGAUUGUACCGAAUUGGAAAUGUACCCAACCAGCGUGGAAACGCAAACCAACAUCUACUUAAUCGGAUACAUUAUCAGCUCAGUGACAUUAGCCAUAGCUAUUUUUAUAUUCACCUAUUUUAAGGACGCCCCUGUUUUUCAUCAUCCUUUGGGCGGUGAUCAAAAGCAUCCUGCUGGAACCUGCACCUGA